GCCAAAGCAAAUUACCUCAGUCCUUGGCAAGAAGUGCGGUGAAAAAGAAACUUAGGUUGCAAACAAGCACGAGCAAUACAUAUAUAAGCCCAAGUCGCAGGGACAAACAGCAGGGUCUGUCUGAAGGUUUAACACUUCAACCUCUCAACGUUAUCCUCAAGCCCAUGGCUUCUUCAUCAACAAUCCUCAACAUUUCCUCUCCUCCAACGCACCAAAACCCCCUUAAACAACUCCCCAAGAAACCCACCUCAAUUCUCCCCCAAUCAUCACAAAAAUGGCCUCAUUUCACAGCUCUCAAGGCUUCUUUCAAGCCCUCAUUUCAGACUUCCUCUUUUGUGGCCUCUGCAGUUGCUACACCAAGUUCUUCAGUUCUGAGUGAAGAGGCCUUUAAGGGUCUUGGUGAGAUUGAGAGAUAUGGUGAUGAUUUGAGUUUGAGUGAGUCUGAUGAUGGUUUUGGUGAUGUGGGGUCUAAUAAAAUUCAAGUUAAUGUUGAUGAAAUUGAUAUUAUUAAGCUGGGUUUGCCUCAAAAGCUUGUUCAGACUCUUGCUGAUAAAGGGAUUACUGAGCUUUUUCCCAUUCAAAGAGCUGUACUAGUGCCUGCACUGGAAGGUAAAGAUAUAAUUGCUCGUGCAAAGACUGGGACUGGAAAGACACUUGCAUUUGGUAUUCCAAUCAUCAAGCGUCUUACUGAGGAUGACCAGGAAAGAGGGUCUAUGAGGCACUCUAGCCGGCUACCUAGGGCAUUGGUUCUUGCACCAACAAGAGAAUUGGCAAAGCAAGUAGAAAAUGAGAUCAAAGAGUCUGCACCGUAUUUGAGCACUGUUUGUGUAUAUGGAGGAGUUCCCUAUGGCCAACAGCAAAAUGCGCUCUCAAGUGGAGUUGAUGUUGUUGUUGGAACUCCAGGUAGAAUUAUAGAUCUCAUAGACCGUAACACCCUCAAACUGGGGGAAAUUCAAUUUCUGGUCCUUGAUGAAGCCGAUCAAAUGCUUGCUGUUGGUUUUGAGGAAGCUGUGGAGAUGAUACUACAAAAGAUUCCUACAGAGAGGCAGAGUAUGCUUUUCUCUGCAACAAUGCCUAGUUGGGUGAAGCAACUUUCUAGGAAAUAUUUGAAUAGUCCAAUGACCAUUGAUCUGGUUGGUAAUCAAGAUGAAAAGCUAGCAGAAGGGAUCAAACUUUAUGCCUUGGCAUCCACUUCAACUUCAAAGCGCGCUAUUUUGAGUGAUCUUGUAACGGUGUAUGCAAAGGGUGGGAAAACCAUUGUUUUCACGCAAACUAAACGAGACGCUGAUGAAGUUUCUUUAGCAUUGACAAGUAGCAUUGCAUCAGAGGCUCUGCAUGGUGAUAUUUCUCAACACCAGAGGGAGAGAACUCUAAAUGGAUUCAGGCAAGGGAAAUUCACUGUGCUUGUUGCCACUGAUGUUGCAUCUCGCGGGCUUGAUAUUCCAAAUGUCGAUUUAGUUAUCCACUAUGAACUACCCAAUGAUGCAGAGACAUUUGUGCAUCGCUCUGGGCGCACGGGGCGUGCAGGAAAAGAAGGCUCAGCAAUUCUGAUGUUCACUAAUAAUGAGAGGAGAAAAAUAAGAUCUAUUGAGCGUGAUGUUGGAUGCAACUUUGAGUUUAUUAGUCCACCAGCUGUUGAACAGGUGUUAGAGUCGUCAGCGGAGCAAGUUGUUGCUACCCUUGGUGGAGUUCAUCCCGGAUCCGUGGAGUUCUUCACUCCAACGGCACAAAAGUUAAUUGAUGAACAGGGAACGAGUGCUCUUGCUGCUGCAAUAGCACAGUUGAGUGGUUUUUCGCGUCCUCCCUCGUCUCGAUCUCUAAUUUCGUAUGAACAGGGAAAAGUCACAUUGCAGCUGACACGUGAUCCUGCGUUUGCGCAAGGAUUUUUGUCUGCUGGAUCUGUCAUUGUAUUUUUAUCUUCUGUAUAUACAACUGCAGCUGAUGAGAUCGGAAAAAUACAUAUUAUUGCAGAUGAAAGGGUUCAAGGUGCCGUUUUCGAUCUUCCUGAGGAGGUUGCAAAAGAGCUACUAAAUAAGCAAAUACCUCCUGGGAAUACCAUUUCUAAGAUUAAUAAGUUGCCUGCUUUGCUAGAUGAUGGGCCAGUAAAUGAUAAUUAUGGCAGGUACUCUAACAGAGGGGGUAUGCGGGGAGGAGGAUCAAGGGGGGGCAGUGGUUAUGGCAGCCCCCGUGGCAGGAGGGGGGGUCGAUUUUCGGAUGGUGACGAUGAAAGGCGAGGUGGUAGCUGGGGUGCUGGCCGUGGUGGAGCACGAGGAGGUGGUGGUAGUAGUAGGUCAAGAAGCAGUGGGAUUGAUUGGCUAAUCAGUGAUAGAGGAUCUUCGCCCUUACGGUCCUAUGGAAAGAUUGACAGGAGCUUGGGGGGUGCAUGUUUUACCUGUGGACAGCCUGGGCAUAGGGCAUCAGAAUGCCCCAAAAAGCGAGGUUUUUAGUUAUCUAUUGAUGAGAUGACGCCACUGACUUAUGAUAGAUGAAAGACUACCACUGCCAUUCAGUCGCAAGAGGUACAUGAAGUUCAUAAAAAAUGAUUUUAGACAUAUCUUGGACUAUCAUGCAGUUCCCAGUUCCUCUCCACUACUUGCUGCUCCAAGUACACCCAUUCAAACAACAUGUUUAUUGUUUAAUAUGGUUACGCUUUGAUGCUUUUGGCAUAUUAAGUGUUAACGUUUGUGGAAUACCUAAUUGCCGAAGCAAUUGUAAAUUCCCAGUUUUGUUCUCUCUCACUUCUGUAGUCAGAAUGCAGGUUGAUCAGAAUAGGUAUUUUGGAUGUGUUUGUUGCCUUGAUAGAAUAAUAAUCUAUAUACUUAUUCUUUAGCAGCUUUAUUUGGAAAUACUGUACCGAACUUCUAUUACUUAAGCAUGUAUGAACCAACUUUACAUAAAUACUUAAGUUGCACUAGAUUUUAUAGCCA